GCUAAUAUAGGGGAAAAUUGGAUUAACUACAAUUUAUGGAAAGCAGUGCAGAAACAAAAAGGGCACCAUAUUUAGAGUCUGGAAACCCAAAUUUGAAUUCUGGUUUUGCCACUUAGUACACCUGUGACGGCCCUGAGGAUACAAUGCCCCUUUGCAGAACACAGCAGUUUGGACUGCAGGAACUUACAAAAGAAAUAAACAUAAUUGCCUUCCCUGAAUUUCUAUUGAUAUAGGAGACAUAAGACCCCUAAAAAUGAGAUGAGCAGGAAACAGAACAGGCUUUUUUAACCCACAGAAGAAGAUGGAGACUAAGACAAAUGCCCAGACAGAGGAAUUCAUCUUGAAAAAACAAGAUAAUGGAUUCUGAAUUAAUGCAUAGUGUAGUAGGAAGCUAUCAUAAACCUCCAGAAAGAGUGUUUAUUCCAUCAUUUACCCAGAAUGAUGCAGCAUCUCGGACUCACCACUCCACAAACUUAGAGGCCACCUCUCCUAAAAUGCUUCAUAGUCCAAACAGCCAAGCUCUUAUUUUAGCCUUAAAAACUCUUCAGGAAAAGAUUCAUCGUUUAGAGUUGGAGAGAACACAGGCUGAGGAUAAUCUUAACAUUCCAUCCAGAGAAGCCGCACAGUAUAAAAAGGCCUUGGAGAAAGAAACAAAUGAAAGAAUUCUGGCACACCAGGAACUGAUAAAACAGAAAAAAGAUAUUACUAUACAAUUAAACUCAGCUCAGUCUCGCUGUACUCUUCUAGAGAAACAACUAGAAUACACAAAGAGAAUGGUUCUCAAUGUAGAACGAGAGAAGAAUAUGAUCCUAGAACAACAGGCCCAGCUUCAAAGGGAAAAAGAACAAGAUCAUAGGAAGCUGCAAGCAAAACUUGAAAAGCUUGAUGUCUUAGAAAAAGAAUGUUUUAAACUUACAACCACUCAGAAAACUGCUGAGGACAAGAUUAAACAUUUAGAGGAAAAACUUAAGGAAGAAGAACAUCAGCGUAAGCUGUUUCAAGACAAAGCAUCUGAACUCCAAACUGGACUUGAAAUCAACAGAAUUUUGAUGUCUUCAGUAUCAAAUCCAAAACACUCUAAGGAAAAGAAGAAGUCUUUGAAGAAAACUAAAUGUUUAAAGGGAGGACCACCUCAGCAAACUUAUUCAAAGUUUGGAUCACUGCCUAUUGUGGCUGAGAAGUCUGCCAGUGCGAGCUGUUCUGUGAAUUCAAGUAUGCAAAGCCUCCUGCAAUUGAUGCAACAUUAUGGGCCACAUACCUGUCAGAAACUUCCUGAAGUUACUGAGCCUCCGUGUCUCUACAAGCCUCUUAGAACAACUUCCCAGGGUAAAGCUGAACCUUCUGAUUCAAAAAUUUCCAUUUCUAUUGGUGACAGUUUGUCUGAACUUUUAAUGGCAAUGCAGGAUGAGCUGGACCAAAUGAGUAUGGAGCAUGAAGAACUACUGAAUCAAAUGAAGGACACUGAAAGUCAUUCAGUCUGUGAAGACAUUGAAUGUGAACUAGAGCAUUUAGUCAAGAAAAUGGAAAUUAAAGAAGAACAGAUUUCCAAACUGUUGAAACAUCAAGACAAUGUCCGUAAACUGCAGCAAAAAGUUCAAAACUCAAAGAUGAGUGAAGCUACAGGGAUUCAGCGAGAAGAGAACAACCUUAAAGGAUCAAAGCCCAUAAAAAACAGUCCCAGAAAAUGUUUGCUAACUAACUCUCUUCAGAAGAACAGCAACUUUCAUCCAGUACAAGUCCAUAAUCUUCAAAUGAAAUUGAGAAGAGAUGAUAUCAUGUGGGAACAGUAACACAAUAGUAAAACUGUCACCUUAAAUGAACUCUGUCAGUGACAUCUUGAAUUGUCUAGAGUGGUUUUAAUUUAAUAUACCUUUAUGAAAUUUUGAAUUAUGUUUCUAGUCCCUAUGAAGUGUCAAGUUGUAGUAUUUUUUAAAUUAAUGCCUAAUGACCUUCUAAGAGUCACAAAUAAUAAAUGACUGUGCUUUUUUUCUCUUA